AUGUCUGCUAAUGUUGCUGUGGUCGCAGCAUACCUCAUGACAGUGUACAACUUGACUAGCAAGGUUGCUGUCUCCACACUACAAGGUCUUGUUCCUCCCGCUCAUCCUGUAACCUCCCUACAAAAUCAGCUUGAUCGUUUCGAUCCAGAGACUCCUGGAAAUAUUCGUGGAGAUGCACCUAUCUCUGCUGCAUCAGAGAGGGAAAGGUUGUUGGAAAAGUUUGGUCCUUGGCCUCAAAUGGAGACGGACCAACGCCUCCUCAAGGCCGCUUUGGAUGCUCACGACGAGUUGAAAGCCUCGGGAGCGUUCCUUAUCUCCUCAGGAGAAAGCAGGCCGCGUCAGAGAACGCCUUCGCCACCUCCGAACACCACUGCCAAAUUUGUCCUUCCCAAAGACAAACGCACCCCCUCGCCGCCUGAUCCAGCAUACACGAACCCGGACGGCGAGUUUCGUUUUGACGACGCGCACGGCACGAGCGAUAAAUCGGAUGAGGAUGGUUUCGAGCACAUCCCCACCUCUCCGGAGGACUCAGAGAAGAGCCUGGCGGACGAGGACGCCAUCAUCGGAUCCAUUCCAGUACCGCGGCCAGGUGUAACAGGUAUGAGCCUGAUUGGACACAGCGUUGCCGGUGGCGGUGGCAGUCGGACGCACGUCUCUAAUGCACUCACUGAGAAGGCGGCGGCUGCGGUAGAUGAGGGUGAUAUGAUGUUCGAGAUGACUGACGAGAUCCGUAUUCGAUUAGACGCCGCUGCGGCUGCCAUUGAUGAACACGUACCGUCCACAGCUCCCGUAUACCACGAUUUCACGCAACGCAGACGGCUCUCACCAUGA